GCUACUUGAUCCUGUUCAUAAUCAUUAAAAGAAUCAUAUUUAAAAAGUUCAAUAGAAACUCAUCCAAGCUAGAAUUCAGUCUUUUGUGGAGAAAAUUAGAUUAAAUUAAAACCACUAUUAGAAAUAGCAAACUACUUAAGAUUGAAAUGGUAAAAAGGUAUCCCAAAACAGUGGAGAAGAAGAUUCCAUAGAAUGCUCUCAUAUCUCAAUAAACAAAAACCCUCUUCAGUCCAAAGUCUUCAAGCAUGCUAAGUCCUCCCUAAGGGAAUAUGCUUCACAAUGCUGUCAUUUCUUCCCUACGUCCCAAUCCAAAACUUCUAAACAACCCUUGGCAUAUGCUUUGAGACAUUCCAUCCCCUCUCUUUCUCUUUCUAUCUCUAACAACUCAAUAAAUUCACCAAUGUUCUAACUAAUAAGUGCAUACUGAUGGUGUUAACUUGAGUAAUAGAAACAAUAAGAAUGAAGUUUGGGAAGAGGCUCAAGAAGCAAAUUGAGGACACAAUCCCUGAAUGGAGAGACAAGUUCUUGGCCUAUAAGGACCUCAAGAAGCUUGUAAGGCUCAUGUCCAUCACACCCUCGUCAUCGACUGACUUGAAGGUGGAAGAGGAGUUCAUUCAUCUCUUGAACUCCGAGAUCGAAAAGUUCAAUGGAUUUUUCAUGGAGCAGGAGGAGGAAUUUAUCAUCCGACUAAGAGAGUUGAAGGAGAGGAUUCAGAGUGUUAUCUCAACCGCACAUGAGCAAUCAGAGGCAGUCUAUGCGGCUGAGAUGUGGAGAUUAAGGAAAGACAUUGUCAACUUUCAUGGAGAGAUGGUGCUAUUGGAAAACUAUAGCAGUAUAAACUACACAGGACUGGCAAAGAUAUUGAAGAAGUAUGACAAGAGAACUGGAGGUUUGUUAAGGUUGCCAUUCAUUGAGAAAGUGCUGAAACAGCCUUUCUUCACAACAGACCUUAUAUCUAAACUGGUAAAAGAAUGCGAGGACACAAUAGAAGUAGUGUUUGAAGUACCUCAAGAGAAUGCCAAAUUGGGAGGGCGGGACGUGGUCGCAGAGGAGGGGGCAGAGCAGAGCAUCUUCAGGAACACCGUGGCCGCACUAGUGACCAUGCGAGAGAUGAGGAAGGGAAGCUCCACCUAUGGCCGGUUUUCGCUCCCUCCGAUGAGUUUGCCAGAUAUUGAUCUUGCACAACCUUUGCAACUCCCUUCUCCCAUCCCCAGUUAGUGAAUGAAUUUGUUGUUGAAUUUUGUCGCAAAAUUUACCUGUUAUGUAGAAAAGACAAAACACCUACAUUCAAUGUAAUUUAAUGAAAAGUCAUGUAUUUGGGCUUGAUUUA